GCCACGAAACAUGCCGGUCGAACGUUCACCUGACAGGACGAGGUCAGAAAGUACAAGCGAUUAUCCUGAAAGCAAGGACAUGGCUCCUACAAGUCCACAGCUGGCUACCGCAGCGGGUGGCUUAGGCAGUGGAGGCGUUGGAUCAACAAUCAAUGCCACAUACGCUGUACGCCUCCCACCAUUCUGGAGGGAUAAUCCGCAACUGUGGUUCGCGCAAGUAGAGGCAGCAUUCUCAAUCGUUGCAGAUAUUGUAACAUCUCCGCCAGACAAAGAAAAAUAUGACGCCAUCAAAGGACGCCUGGUCUCCGUCCUCGGAGAGACAACAGCCACGAGGAUUAGACGCUUGCUUGCUACACAUGAACUUGGAGAUGACAAACCCUCAAUAUUCCUACAACGCUUGCGAAACCUUGCCGAAGGACAAGUCAGCGACCAGAUACUCAAAUCAAUAUUUAUGGAGCGUCUGCCAGAGAAUAUACGCGCAAUCUUAGCCAUUAGUGAGGUAACUGAUCUCAGUAAGUUAGCCGCACAAGCAGAUAAAGUAAUGGAAGUAGCAAAACCAUUUCCGGGGAGUAUCCAAGCGAUGAGUCCUAAAACCGGUGAUAAUACUAGCUUAGUCAAUAAAGUUUCAGUAGACAUAGUAGAACUGACCAAGCAGAUAGCUAAACUGACUAAACAAGUCAGAAGCAGAUCCAGAAGCAAGUCACGAGGACGCAGAAACUUCGACAGAAGACCGCGUAGCAAAUCCCAAGCGCGCGACAAUAAAGAACUAUGUUACUACCACAACAAAUUCGGCGCACAAGCAUACAAAUGUGCACCGCCUUGCACAUGGAAAAAAAAGACCAGUACGGAAAACUAGAAGAAUCGUCACGAUUACA